AUGUCGACAACUACUUCGCUUCAGGAAGAAUCAACUUCAGUUUCUUCUGCAGAAAUACAAACGAUUUCUACCGAUCGGAGCGGAGUAUCGUCUGCAACCGAAGACAUUUUAGAGAAUAUGGGAACCACAACUGGAACAAACGAGGGCGACCAACUUUACCAAGAAACCAGAAACCCGUCGCCACUUCCUGGCUACUCAUUUCCGCGGGUGUCUGAGGUCAGUAAGUUGGAUUAUAUCUAUGGUCCCAUUGUUAUCGGGUUAUCUUUUCUUUCUACGAUCAUCAUUGUCGUCAUUUUCAUGAGGAAGUCUAUGCGAUCUCCUACGACCAAAAUACUGACGGGAAUAGUGAUUUCAGACACCCUGAAGUCUCUCCUGAGGUACGGUAAUUAUCUGUACAUUUACAUUACUUACGGAUCAGGGACAGUAGACAUCGUGUUGCCUUACUGCAUCGUCUUGUUCUACAGCGAUUUUGGAGAGAAAAUCUGCUACUCAGUAGCACAGGCGCUAUGGGCAUGUCUUGCUGUUCAAAGAGUUUUGGUAAUAAAAUUUCCAUUUAAAAGUAGGGAGAUUCUGACCACGAAGGCAUCUAUUCUGACUGUUGUCGUCUGCGUUCUCCUUGGAGCUCUUUACCGAGUACCAGAAAUGUACUUUUCCGGUAAGUUCACAUCAUACAGAGACUAUUUAAUUCUGUCGGGAUACAACCCUUCUGAUUUCUAUUAUUACUACUACUAUUACUAUUAUGAAGAAGGUUCAAACGAAACUGCCGGAUUUGAAACCUAUGUUUACUCUACAAUCUCUGGAGACGAAGAUCUUUGUAUGGUUUAUAAAGACCCCGCCUUCACCAAAGCCUUUGAUGUAUACCAUCCAAUUUGCUCUUUGGUUCCGUUCUUGGUUUACCUGAUCUCCAGUAUCUACAUUAUCUACUCGAUAGUCACCCGCAACAACUCCAAUGACAUCCACGAAAGCAAGGGUCGAAUGCAGCGGAUAGAAAUGAUGACGCGGUCUACUCUCAUCAUUUUAUUAGUACAAUGCAUAAAGAAAGCAAUUGGCUUGUUCAAUCUGAUCAUCACCUUCAUAACAAAAAUGGAGAUAUACGACGUGUGGGGCAAAAUGGAUCUGGACGCAAUGAAGGUGCUGUACAAAUUUCGUGAAAUCGUGUCUGCGGCAGCGGCUCUGAUCAACUUCUGGAUUAUCAUCGCGGCGUGCGAGCAGUUUCGUCAAGAGAUUUUCAACAUGUUCACGGCCUGUUGUAGAUGUAGAAAAGUAGUUUCCAAAGCUAGCGUUAAAAAAACGGAAAGUACAAGCAACACAUCGACAAAAGCGUCUACCGUAACCAAAGACAAAACAGUUUGA